AUGACCGAAACUGUGUGGGCGAUCCACAACUUUGUGGCCGAGGCCGACGACGAGAUCUCUUUCCAUGUUGACGAGCCGAUUAUCGUACUCCAGAAGGAUGAUUUGUACCAGGAUGGCUGGUGGGAGGGUAUCAACACACGAGGAGAGACCGGACUCUUCCCCCAGAACUACACCGUUAAAAACCCACCAGAGAAGGCUCAGACAGCGGUCCCCAAUGCUUAUAGCGGCGGAGAUAGCAAUGCUCUUGCUGGCAACGGCAUGGCCAAAUAUGGAGCUACUGGGUCCGCCACCAUGUCAAAUUCCAACACUACCUCAACUCCCAACAACCACAUCCAGUAUGGUCUCGACAUGAACAACAGCAAUUCCAGUCGGAUGAUGGGCCAACAACAACAACAGAACAGCCUCAGUAAUAACGUCACCAACACCCUGAACAACAUGCAUAUCCACCAGAACCCUGCGAUUGCUAGUCCACCUAUGGGAGGACAAGGAACCCGGACCACUUACGGAGGAUCCUCCAGUAAUGUCGGCUCGAAUGGCGGUGUCCCCAACAGCAAGGUCCUUGCCCAAACUGUUGAGGAUAGUCUGAACGAGCCGCAGUUGGCUGGACACCCUGCUGCGUGGUCGAUUGAACAAGUCGCCUUCUGGCUGCGUUGGUGCGGGUUUGACAGUGUUGUUGUCAGCUUUGUUGACAACGAAAUCUCCGGAGCAAUCUUGCUGGAGCUGAACUUGAACAACCUGAAGGAACUGGACAUCAACUCUUUCGGAAAGCGCUUCAACAUUAUGAAUGCUAUCACGUCCUUGAAGCAGAUCACCAAGGGCGAGCAGUCCACUAAGAGUCUCUAUGGUGUCAUGUCCAACCCGACUUCGAUGUACGGAAUAGGCCCCAAUAUUCCUCCUCGCAUGGCCUCGGCACCUAUUAUCGUCCCCAACCCGACUCGCACUUCGUACGACCCACGGGCAGAAUACAUGCGGGACCCACGUCAGGAUCUUCAUGACCCCCGCAGCGGACCUACCGGACCUCCACCACCAGCUCCCGCCUCUGUUCAGUCCCAAAGCAUUCGGUCUCCAUUACAGCAACCUCAACAACAAACCCAUCACCAGCAGGCUCAGUCAUUGGCGCGCUCAGACACUAUCGCCUCAGUCCUCAGCGGUGGAAGCAUUGGCGAUACCAAUUCUGGUCGUGGCGCCCAGCGUCAGAGCGUCACCUCGGCUUACUCUGCCAACUCGAACCCCAAUCGCAACCCCUGGGAGCGCAUCGCACCUCGCCCUCCACAGAUGCCCAACCCUGCUCUCCCCCAGCAGCGCGACUUUGAAGAUUUAUCGUACAGUCGAUCCCUGGAGCAGCCGCAGUCAGCAAUGGACCCAUACUCGAACGGAUUGGACCGCGGUAACAAUGGACCACUGAGCCCAGAGAUACCCCCACAGCAUAUGGUGUACCAAUCAGAGCCUUACCAACAGCCGACCCCCAAGCAACGCAAAUACCAUAAUCCUGACAACACCAACCGGCAGUUGAACGGCAAGGCCGACCCAAGCGACAAGGUCGUGCCCUUGGACCUGAUUGGCAAGCCCGACCAUGCAGGAUGGCUCAAGAAGCGAGGCGACACCUACCGGACCUGGAAGUCACGCUGGUUCAUGUUGAAGGGUGUAACGCUCUACUACAUGAAUUCACCCAAGGAUAGCGCGAGCAAGGACUACAUCAACCUGAUCGGCUACAAGAUUAUUCAGGAUGAGAACAUCUAUGCUGGCAAGUACUGCUUCAAGGCAGUGCACGAUGAGCUCCGCAACUUUUACUUUUACACAGAAAGCGAGAGUGAAAUGAAGGGUUGGCUCAAGGCUUUGAUGAAGGUCACCAUCGGCCGUGACCCUACGGCUCCAGUCAUCUCGUCGAGCAACAUCCCGACCAUCCCUCUCCAUGUCGCCCGUCAGAUGGCGCCCCGCCCUCCUUCGCCCUCAAAACGCAACCGUGGUUUGGGACCUAAUGGCCAGCCUAUGCACCCUCAACAGCAGCAGCACCAACUGCAAUACGACCAAAAGCUCCAGCAGCAACAACAACAACAGCUUCAACAACAACAGCAAUUGCAGCAGCAGAAGCAGGAACUCCAGAUGCACCAGGAAGUCCAGAUGCAGCAGCAGAAGUCGUUCCAACAACGACUACUCGACUAUGAUGACCAGGACUCUGACGGUGAGGAUUACCUCCCCAACGAGUACGGUAGCCCCAAUGGUAGCAAGUUCAACGCCCUCAACGGCCCCGCCAAUGCGCUCAACAACAAGAUCAUGAACAACGCCAACAACUUGAGUAGCAACAGCAACUCGACCAGCAUGAGUAUGAGCCAUGACCAGGCACAUGUCCAGAUCCAGCCUGAGAGUCCCAUCCUCCAGUCGCCACUCGCCCAGUCGUCCGUCGGUCAGCAGCAGCGUCUUAGCUUUAUUGGUGAUCAGCAGGACGGCGAUGACGAUCCUUGGAGGAAUGAGGAUGAUGAGGGUUUCAGCCAGCGCAAGGCUGCCAAUGGCCAGACUUUGGCCCCUCCUUCCCAGCCUCUUCAGCAGCAGCUGUUGAAGAACUUGCGUCCCGAUAGUGAGCUUGACUCCUUCCAUCAGCGUGCCGAAAAAGCCCAGGAAAACACCAACGGCCGCUGGACACAGGAGCAGUACGUGAGUUGGAUGAACCGCAACUUGCCCUCAACCGUCGAGCCCGUGAGCGACAUGACAGGCUCGCUCAGAUCCGGCGUUGUCCUCGUCCGUCUGAUCGAGCAGCUCUCGGGCGACCAGGUCGAUAAGCGCAUCCCUAACGCAACCUACACCCUCCAGAUGCUCGAGAACCUCCUCACAGCCUUCAAGUUCAUGGAUCGGGUCGGCGUCUCGACUGAGGGUUACACCGUCAAGGAUAUCUUUAAUGGAAACGAGGACAAGAUUGUCUUGAUGUUCGAGUCUAUCCGUGCUCGCUUCCCUAAUGACGCCGCCGCCCCUGCCGCUCCCAUCUCUGCCCCCGCUGCAGCACCAAGCCCUGUUGCUACUCUUAGUAACAUCACUUCUGGACCCACCCGCUCUAUGGGCAUCACGUCCUCGCCCCUGUUGGGCUCCGGAGCCAUUCCUUCAGGUCAACCCACCGGCAGUCUCCCCGCCCCACCCUCGGGCCAACCCCCCAAAGGCUCUCCUCGCCCUCCACCACCACCCAACAGCAACGGCUCAGUGGGGCGUUCUCCCAAGAUUGGAAACGGUGCCUCUACUUUCCAAUCUGCAUCAUCCCCAACCAUGUCUCACCAACAACAACAACAACAACAACAACAACAACAACAACAGCAGCAGCAGCAGCAGCAGCCUGCACCUUUAAGAAUGCAAGCCCAGAACACUGGCGGUUCUGAGUUCGAAGCACUUUAUGACGAAGCAGCUCGCAGUACUAUUUCCUAA